AUGACUACAGAAAUUAGUAAUUUAGGACAAAUUUCUUUAAAAUCAACAGUAGUGUGUACUAAAAAAGAAGUUGCAGCUCUUCAACUUGAUUCAAAUAAACCUAAAUCAUAUAAUAUUUUUAAUUAUGAAUCAAGAUUUGUUCUUGUAGCACUUACUCAAAAAAUACAAUUACAACCAGUUAUAACAUCUAAAAUUAAAGAAAUUCAUGAAAAAUUAAAAGAUAAAAAGAUAUCAAAUUAUGAAGAUAAAAAUACAAAACAAGAUGAAAAUACUGGAAUAGAAGCAGCUAAGUUAUUUUAA